UAGCUACUACUUACGCGGAAAUAUUUCAUAAAAGCUCGCCCAGUCAGCCAGUGGCCACCAAUCCGAACGAAUCGAUCCAGCUCCUUGCAAGGCAAGGUACAUUUAGACCGCUGUUUAUUAUAUAAGGCAAACUAUGACGACCACAUAUGUCACCGCGGGUCCAGUGCCCGUCCAGCAAACCACCUACAUAACCACUGGACCCCAGCAGACCACAUACAUUACCAAUGGACGCCAGCAACAACCGCCCCCUCCACCAACCACGGUGGUCAUCACCACCCAAUCGAACAGCCGAUGGGCAACCCCUUCUCAAACGCAAUCCGGAACAGCAGCUACCCUUCUCUUUGUCUAUGCUGGUAUGGACAUGGCCCAAGGUCUUGGUUGGAACUUGACUGCCGUGUUCGCCAACACCCUGGAGUUCCAGUACAGUUGGUUUAUUGGCGUUAUAAUCGGAGCUGUGGUGUCCGCCAUUACAUCAGCAUUUCUGCCCAAAAUAAUAUUCUAUGGUUUGGGUGGUGUGAUGAACCUAAUUGACGCCAUUAUCUUUGUGAGUGCUCCAUACGAGUACGAGUCGAUCCUGGCCGCCCGAUAUGUGGGAGGAGUGGGCAUAGGGUUAAUCACUGUGCCAUUCCUAAUCCACAGCGCAGAGAUCGCUUCGAGUACCAACAGAGGAACCUGCUGUGCAUUGGAGCAAUAUGGUCUGGCAUUGGGAGUGGCCAUUCAAGUAAUCUACGACUCACAGUGGGCUCAGGGAUUGGGCAUGACCAUCAACCGAGUGCACGGAAUCUUUGGAAUCGUUUUUUCGGCCAUUGCGCUGGGAAGUGUAGCCAUUACGAUCGACUCGCCUAUCUUCUAUAUCCGCCAGAACCAGGAGCAGAAGGCACGUGCCAGUGUGAAGCAGCUAAUGGGAUCCUAUUGGACUCGAGAGGCUGGAGAUCGAGCCUACGAUGAGGCCAAGCUAUACGUAGUGGAGGGCAGCGCCCAGGGAGUAGGCGAGCAGCUGGGAGAGUCCAUGAUGCCCUUCCUUAAGCUGCUGCUUUUCCGCUGCUUCGUUGCUUUCACCUUCUCGGUGCCACUGUCGUAUUCAAUACUGACAACCACGGAACUGGUGGAGGGCACCCAGUACUCCUGGCCCACGAUUAUAUUUGGGCUUCUACGCCUGAUCGGUGCCCUAAUCACCUUCGCCGUUCUGGACACCGUGGGCCGGAAAUUUGUCUCACUGCUUGGACUUAUGUGCAUGGCUGGAUUAAUGCUGGGCAUGGCCGGAGUCUACGGGGACUACGUGCACAUCUUCGACGAUUACUUUAUGUGGCAGGUGUGCCGUCUGGGCAUGGCAUUUCAGUUCUUCGCCGGUUUCUUCAUCUGCAGCUCAUCCGCUUAUCUGGGCGAGGCCUUUCCGAUGAGAGUGAAACCCUUCUUGAUUGGCCUGAUCGUGUGUCUAGAGCAGGUGAUCCACAUCAUUGUGAUUGUCAAGUUUGUUCCCACCGCCGAGUCCUUUUACACGUACUUUGUCGCUGUCGGAAUAAUUAUGGUAAUAGGCCUCGUGGCUUUUGCCGUUCUAAUGCCAGAGACCCGAGGAUUGACGCUAAGACAGGCAGGCGAACGCUUCCGCCGGGUGCACGAUGUCAUGGCCUACUAGGUGGCUUCUAUUUGUUAUUUGUGCAAUAAACUGUUGACCUCAAAUAA